UGUUAAUAGUGACAGAGCGGCAGACUUGACAGUUGCAAGCAGUCGAUUCAGGUCAGGAUGGUGUGAACUUCAGUGAAGACCUCGAAGUUUGUCUGUUUCUUCUGUCUCGCCAUAGCACGGGGAUCUGUUGUGUGAACGCAGCAUUUUACCAUAUUUUUCCGGCUGUGUGAUUUUUCUUUCCGGUGGUCCUUAUUAUUUUUCUGAGUGUCUAUGUGUCAGAGAGCGCCGGUGUGACCCUGACAUGGCUGAGGUACCGCCACCGCAGGCACAGCCGGCCGAGAUAGACCCGGACUUUGAGCCUCUCUCCCGCCCGAGAUCCUGCACCUGGCCGCUUCAACGGCCGGAGCUCAUCGACCCGGCCGGCUCCAAUACAUCCUCCCCGGCACCGUCCGUGCAACAGGAGCCGGGAGGAAACGCCGAGUUCAUCAGCAACCUCGGCUUGUUGGAGGAGAACUAUGAGGAGUACGCAGAGCACAAACCCCCGUGCGGCGUUUUUCAGUGUCGGGAGGGAAACUGUGCGCAUCCACUUCAUCCCCACCAUCAUCAUCACCAUCACCCCCAGCAGCAGCAGCAGCAGCCGCAGCCGCAGCCGCAGCAGCAGCAGCAGCUCCCGGGUCCGCAGCUGCCCCCUCAGCAACAGGUGCCUACUCCCGGGGUCCCACCUUUGGGUGGCUCCAGCCAGAGGAAGAGCAGCUCGUCGCGUCGGAACGCCUGGGGGAACAUGUCCUACGCUGACCUGAUUACCAAGGCGAUAGACAGCUCACCUGAAAAGAGGCUGACGCUGUCUCAGAUUUACGACUGGAUGGUGAACAGUGUGCCUUACUUCAAGGAUAAAGGAGACAGCAACAGCUCUGCGGGCUGGAAGAACUCUAUCAGACACAACCUGUCUCUGCACAGCCGCUUUGUGCGCAUACAGAAUGAGGGAACAGGAAAAAGCUCCUGGUGGAUGCUGAACCCAGAAGGAGGAAAGAAUGGAAAGUCACCACGACGCAGAGCUGCCUCCAUGGACAACAACAAUAAAUUUGUCAAGAGCAGAGGAAGGGCCACGAAGAAAAAGAUGGCUCUACAAGAAGGGGUUGAGGGAGGAGCAGGCAGCCCUGGUUCCCAGUACUCUAAUUGGCUGGGUAGCCCAAACUCCCACAGCAACGACGAUUUUGAAGCCUGGAGCUCUUUUAGGACACGCACCAGCUCCGACGCCAGUACUUUGAGUGGACGCCGUUCACCUUUCCCUUCUGAACAGGAUGACCUAGCGGAGUCUGACAACCACAUCAUGUAUCCUGGAGUGACGGGGACUAAGAUAACCUCCACCCUGCCCAGCCUGUCCGAGGUGGCCGGCUCUAUGGGCCAACGUGGCUCAGAAAACGUCAUGGAGAGUCUGCUGGACAACCUGAACCUGCUGUCUCCUAAACCACCCCAGCUCGGCUCUGACCCCUCACAUUCCCCACAUACUGCCAUGCUUCAGAGCAGUCCCUACAGCUCCACUGCCUUGACCACACGGCAACAACAGGACUAUCAUAAGUGCAUGUAUGGCCAGGUGAGGAUGAACUCCCUGUCCCCUGUUCCCCUGCAGACACUUCCAGAGUCCAAGCCGACCUUUGGGGCUUAUGAGAAUCAGUAUAUCUGCCCUGCCGGGCUCCUCAAAGAGCUGCUGUCUGCAGAUGCAGACACCAGUAGGGACAUGAGACCCUCUAGGGAUUCACUGGGGUCUGAGGUUGGGAGGGGACGUUGCCUCAUGACCCCUUACAGCAGCCAGAGCCAUGUAGGGGGCCAUAAUGCAGUAAAAAUGAUAAAUCCCCCUCAGAGUCACACAGUUCCUUGUGUAAAUCCACCACCUAUACAUAGCCAGGGUCCUGCUGCCUCACGAGACUUGAAUAGCUGUAACAUGAUACCCUUGACUAGUCUGACUAGUCUUUCAGGACCCCCUCCUCGAAUGACAAGCCUGAGGACAUGCAUGCAGGUUCCCCGUGGACACCCAGCGCACACUAAUGAUGCCUCUGUAAGCUACAGCAGCAGCAACAGUUACAGGGAGCUUCACCCACACGGCCAUCAUCAGGAUCGGCUACCUAGUGACCUGGACAACGUGUCCAUUGAGAGGCUUGAAUGUGACCUGGAGUCGGUCCUCCACGACACCCUCAUGGAUGGUGGGGCGCUCGACUUUAAUUUUGACCCAGCAGCUGGAUCUCAUGGGUUUUCCCAGAGGGUGAAGACGACCACACACAGCUGGGUGUCAGGGUAGGAUGCCUGCUGGAUCACAAAGAGGUUUUUCACAACGUCACUGCUCACCUUCGCUCAGAAAGUGAAAAAUAUAUAUACAAAGACGUCGCUACCAUCACUCAGAGAGCAUCUGACACAAACUUAUCCUCAAAUAUGUACAUCCUGAAUCAUAUGCUCACAUAUAACAGUCAUGUUAUUUCUUUACAUUUAAGAGUGAACAGAGGACUUUUGUCCUUCAGAUACCUAUACUAAAAUAAGAUGGCGAGAACUGAUAUUCAUAUUAACAGGGAUGCAAGUGAACGAGUCUUGUUUACAAUGUCCUCUCAAAGACAGCAUGUAUGUAUACAAUUAAAAGUAUAUACUAGUAAAUAGUACUGUGUAAAUAAGAAACAACACAGUAUUGGUGCCUGACAACUAUUAAAGUGAAAGUAAUUUCUUAAUUUGUGUGAUUUGUGGUCAGUCUCACAUUUGACCUUUUGUUGUAAGGCUUUGCAGCAUUCACCAGACUCACCUGAGAAUACCUGUAGGACUAUGAGGUGAACUGGAGGCACAACUAUAAGUUGAGAUUUUACAGCACAUACUGAUCUGUAGUUGACAGAAAAAUGUUUUAAAAUCAAUGACAAAUAAUGACAUAAUUGUUAACCUAUCUAAUAGAUAAACCACUCUAUCAUCUGCAUAGUGAUGCAUAUUAAAAUGAUAAAAUAGUCAAGUAGACGUCUGACAGGAAAUGAAGCCAAUGACAGUAAGAUAUGUAUGGGGAUGUGCAACAUCAGAGAGCACAUUAUGAAAAAAACAACAAUAAAUUAAGGACAUUUUCUCAUUCACACAACUUAAAUAUUGAGACAGAUGUUGUGGUACAGUGCAGCUAUCCAGUCAACAGUCAACUUCACUGUCAGGCGUUUUUAGAGACUCCAAAACAAACUGAGUUGCUGAAUGAAAAUAAGUCAUUACUGACAACUGUAUUUAUUUAUGUUUUGAUUUUAAUUGUGGCUGGUUGAUUAAUGCUUCAUCCUCUACGCUUGUAAAAUGCCAUAUAUGUAUAUACGUAUGUACGUGUUGUAUUGAUGUUCUGUUAUUUUUCCUCUUUAAAUCAAUCAAAUUAAUUUCAAAGAAGGAAAAACUUUCUAAAUACUGUUUACUGAAAGUUCAUAUCAGUAUCAGUAUACAUAGAGAAGUAAAAUUUGCAAAUGUUCCUUGUAUUGUUAAGGGUGUUUUAAUGCAGUAAUUCAGAGUUGUUUAAAAAUGCAGGGAUUUUUAUAGUUUUUAAAAUGCCAGUGGGACAUUUCUUGCAUCUAGGAUAGGAUUACCUGAUGUUUUGCAAAUCAUUUGUAAAGUUAUGACUAACUUCUCAAACCCAUAUUGGACCCACUGGAAAAAAUAAACUUGGCUAACAAGUUGAAAUCACUUUCUGAUUAAAGGGACAUUUUGGACAAUCUGGAGCUUUUCACCUGAUUGAUGCUGGGUGAUAUAGUGAGAGCAGGAGCGAAUGGAAAGGUUGAUGGCAAGACCCUGAACUUGGUUUCUCUUUACCUCCAAGCAGCUACAGCUGUUAUGCACCAAAGACUCUCCACAAAACAGAUUUCAAAGAAAGUGCCAAUUCACUGUGCCUACCCUGUCUCCGACUUAUUUUCUUCACUUUUACUUUUUUGUAUAUGAGUUUGAAAUUACUUAGCUGUUAUUGUACUGGAACAUUAUACUGUAUAAAUGUGUGAGACAUGGUUGUUUACAUAUCUCAGUCCAAACUAUAUCAGAAAAAUAUAUGAACACUCAUACCUCAAAAUAUUUUACCUCUGAAGUGCUGAAGGGAUUUUAUUUUCCUGCCAUUGUCCUCAGUGAGUAAUGUAUUGAAUUCACUUCUGACAUGUGAUUUUUGUACAUAUUUUUAAUUUUUGUUUUUUAUUAAAUAAUGCUGAAACCAGUUACAUUUGGAUGUAUUCAGUGUGGGGCCUGCUCUGUCUUUGCAUUUCAAUGCUUAUUAUCACCACUAGGUUUUAUUAAAUGUAAGGUAAAGGAAAAUACUUUCAAAUUAUAAAUUUAGAUUUUUUUUCAAACAAAUGUGCAUUCAUCUGUCGUCUGAUAAAACUCAGUGAAAGGUAUGUACCAGACAGAACAUGGAGUCAAAUAUUUAAUAAUGCAUUUAAUGCGCUACUCACGAUAUGUAAUUAUUGAAUAAAGAAUAGAUAUAUGCUGGAACCAUU